GAAAGGAAGGUGUAACGUUUGGGUGGGGAUGAUGUUUAUAGGAGAGUCAUAUAAGUAAACUUUUACACCUGAGAAGUGUGUAGCCUAGGAGUAAGCAAAAGAUUUGAGAGGUGUGAUACUACCUUAUUCAUUUUUCUUCCUUUUCUUUCAGGGACAUAGCUUUUUAAUAAGGCAUGGCUUUUGUGGAGGCUGUGUUACCCCCAGCUGGUAUCCUGGCGUCAUUUAACAAUUUCCAGGAUAUACAAUCUGAAGGUUUCCAGUGGUGGAAGACAGAAGAUUGCCCCGAAACUCCCUCUCUGGAGUUCUUGGAGGCGAACCAACCUGAGGGGAACCAGUCCAUCAAGCAGGAGCAUGAGGAAGCCAAUUGGGAUCUUGAAUUUCUCCUAAGAAAUUUUUCUACCUCUGGGCAAAAUGCCAGCCUUCCUCGAGAUGACCCAGUGGACCAGAUAUCGAUGCCUGCUGUCUGUCAGGCAACGUCAGUUGAGGAGGAAGUCAUCAGAGAAAAGCUCCCAGGAAACCUGAAGGCUCCAGAAGUUCCUGGUCCCUCAAGCUCGGAAGCCCAGUUCUUGCUCAAAGAGCAAUCUGUGAACUGUACCCCGGUUCUACCCAGUUAUUUCCAGGGUAUAUUAGAGCCCAAUAAGGAUCUAGUGUUUCCCAACAAUCAGUUGCCACACUUUGCCCAGGGAGAUUCUAUGGGUCUUGCCAUAGCAGAGCAACAGCCCAGGGGACCCAGACAAAGAUCUCAUGGGCAAUAUUAUCAUGUAGCCUGUGAAGCCCACGUACCGCCAAGUCCUGACUUGCUAGGCAAACAUGCUUCCUACAAUCAGCUUCCACCAGCUGCAGUGGCUUCUCCGCUGCCACACUGCAGUCUGUUGAAUGGUUACCACCAUCCUUUCUCCCAUAGUCCAUAUCAAGCCCGAGCUCAAAUGUACCAGGCAGAUAAUGCUCUCCAUGCUCUGCCGCCACUCCAUGGUUUGAGGAAACCACCUUCGCCUAUGAGAGAAGCCGCAGCCAAGUCAAGGAAAGGACACAAACAAUGGGGCCACAAGCGUCCGGCUAGUCACGUCUGCAGUCAUCCCAGUUGUGGGAAGACAUAUACCAAGAGUUCCCAUCUCAAGGCUCAUCUUCGCACACAUACAGGAGAGAAACCGUACCACUGCACAUGGGAAGGAUGCGGUUGGAAAUUCGCCCGUUCCGAUGAGCUGACUCGCCAUUAUCGUAAACACACCGGACAGCGUCCAUUCAAGUGUCCCCUCUGUCAACGGGCUUUCUCCCGCUCGGAUCACCUCUCUCUGCAUUUGAAGAGACACGUGUGACAAAUAUCAACAUUUUGGACUGCAAUGGAUGUUCUUACUCACAAGGGAACCUGGUAGUGGGAUAGCGAUUAUCCAUUUCCUACAAAGAAGGGACACUUGCCUUAGCCCUGGUAGUAUUAGCCAAGAGAAUAUAAUGAAGAUUAGUUACCCAGUUGGACUCCCAGACUGAAGGAUUUUGGAAUUUCAGUUGAGUUAUUCUAUCGCUACUAAAAAACUCAUUUAUAUGAUAGCCAUAGUUUGAAACCUAAACUGGACACUUUAUGUUUUUUUUUCUUCUUCCUACUAAAUAGCAUUCCAGACCACAAAGCUAUUGUCAUCUAUGAUGUAGAAGAACAUUUUGUAUUUCAUUGUCCUUGCAGUAAAAAGAAAUCCAUAGUCUAAAACAUUCCUGUAGGUAUGAUCUCCUUCGGUUUAAUGUCAGAGGUAUGAAGAAGCAGCUGGAGCAAAAGCAAUUGGUCUAGUCUGGUGCAUUCUUGGAUAUAUUUUCUGAAUAAAUGAAAUUGGGAUAAGGGCUAUGGGCUAUAGCUAGCAGCAUUGCAAUGAAUGCAUUGAAGUUUCCAUCAUCGUCAGAUCCUGGAGAUGAGUUCUAUCUUUGUCUUCUAUUGGGAGCAAAUGUUGGCCGAGCUGAUGAAGUAAUCUUUUCCCUUGGGCUAAAAAAAAAUAAGGCUACAAAGGAGAUCCUUUGUUGGACCUGGCAUAGUUUCAUAG